GUCGCGGUGCCUGGCCGGGCAGAGGCGAGAGCGAGAGCGCGGCUCCUGCAGGCGGUGUGCGCCCGGCUGUCAUCAUGGGUGAUCAAGCUUUGAGCUUCGUCAAGGACUUCCUGGCCGGCGGCAUCGCCGCUGCCGUCUCCAAGACCGCGGUCGCCCCCAUUGAGAGGGUCAAACUGCUGCUGCAGGUCCAGCAUGCCAGCAAACAGAUCAGUGCUGAGAAGCAGUACAAAGGGAUCAUUGAUUGUGUGGUGAGGAUCCCUAAGGAGCAGGGUUUUGUCUCCUUCUGGAGGGGUAACCUGGCCAAUGUGAUCCGUUACUUCCCCACCCAAGCUCUCAACUUCGCCUUCAAGGACAAGUACAAGCAGAUUUUCCUGGGAGGUGUCGACAGGCAUAAGCAGUUCUGGCGCUACUUUGCCGGUAACCUGGCUUCCGGUGGGGCAGCUGGGGCCACCUCCCUCUGCUUUGUGUACCCGCUGGACUUUGCCAGGACCAGGUUGGCUGCCGACGUGGGCAAGGGUGCCUCUCAGCGUGAGUUCAGUGGUCUAGGCGACUGUCUCACCAAGAUCUUCAAGUCUGAUGGCCUGAGGGGUCUGUACCAGGGAUUCAGCGUGUCUGUCCAGGGCAUUAUUAUCUACAGAGCUGCCUACUUUGGAGUCUAUGACACUGCCAAGGGGAUGUUGCCUGACCCCAAGAAUGUGCACAUUAUUGUGAGCUGGAUGAUUGCCCAGAGCGUGACAGCGGUGGCAGGGCUGGUGUCCUACCCCUUUGACACUGUUCGCCGUAGGAUGAUGAUGCAGUCCGGCCGGAAGGGGGCGGAUAUUAUGUACACUGGGACACUAGACUGCUGGCGGAAGAUUGCAAAAGAUGAAGGUGCCAAUGCUUUCUUCAAAGGGGCCUGGUCCAAUGUACUGCGAGGCAUGGGCGGUGCUUUUGUAUUGGUAUUGUAUGAUGAGAUCAAAAAGUAUGUGUAAUGUAAUUAAAACUCAAGUUCUUUGAUUUCAGAUCCAUUGUGUGGUUUAAUAGACUUUUCCUAGGGGAAGUAAAAAAGAAGAUCUGGGGUAAAACCAGACUGAAAGGAAUAGCUCGGGAAAAAAGUACUUGAGUGUUCAUUAAACCACAAAUGUAUUUUGUAUUUAUUUUACAUUUAAAUUCCCAUGCAAAUAUCCAACAACAUCAUACUUAUAUAAUUAAUUGAAUAACUGAUGAAUAACUGAAUGUGACACAUCAAUAAAGACCACUUAAUGCA